ACGCUCUUCUCCCUGUCCCCUUCUCUACUCUUAGGUACUGCGCAUGUGCAGAUGCCACACUCGUCCCGAGCGCUUGCGUCCUUGCUUUUCUCCUGCCACAGUGCUUUGAGUGCGCAUGCGUAGAGUAGCUGCUGUUCUGCAAAGACUCGUAAUCUCCAAUGAAAUGAGAGCGAAGGCAGUAGCGUUUUGUAGCAAGUGGUUACGCAUGCGCAACCAGGCGGGUAAAUGCUAAUUUCAGCAUGAAGCCGAAAGGCUGGGGGCGGGGUUCCAUUCUUCCGUUAGGCAGAGCGAGGCCAAUAGGGAAUGGGGGUGUGGCUUUAUUCUCUGAACUGCCCAAUGGCUGUGCGAAGUGACUUUGGCGGGUAUUUUGGGUUGGCGGGAGUUAACUAGAAGGGAGCCCAGUCGGGGUCUUUCUGCUCUAGGGGUGCGUUGUGGGGUUGGGGAGCGAGUUGCGUCAGGUUCGGUUCUUGGGCUAGUCGUCAUCAACCGAGGCAUGCUGUGUCGUUCCCUCAUUCAUCGCUCCCAGACUGGGCUGCAGGGUCUGCAGCCACAGUUUCCCAUGUACCAUCUCUUGGAUUGCUAUCAGUGUUCUAGGGAAGAUGACCACCCUUCUUAUGGAGAAAUGGGAAUGCCAGUUCCUCCUUUUGGCUGUACCUUUUCAACAGCUCCCGAUCUGCAGCAUAUACUCGCUGUUGCAAAUGAAGAGGGGUUUGUUAGGCUGUACAAUACCCGCACCCAAAGAAGCAACCAGCAGGUUUUUAGAGAGUGGCAGGCUCACUCAAAUGCUGUUUUUGAUCUUGCCUGGGUGGCCACUGAGCACAAAAUUGUUACUGCUUCAGGAGACCAAACUGCAAAAGUGUGGGAUGUAAGGGUUGGUGAGCUGCUGGGAACAUGCAAAGGACACCAGUGCAGCCUCAAGUCAAUUGCUUUCUCUAAAUUUGAGAAAGCUGUCUUCUGUACUGGGGGAAGAGAUGGAAAUAUCAUGGUCUGGGACACUCGAUGCAAUAAGAAAGAUGGAUUUUACAGGCAGGUGAAACAAAUAAGUGGAGCCCACAACAUAAUGGACAAGCAGACCCCAUCCAAAUUAAAGAAGAAGAAACAGAGCGUGAAGGGACUUGCUCCUUCAGUGGAUUUCCAGCAGAGUGUAACGGUGGUGCUAUUUCAAGAUGAACACACCUUAAUCUCUGCAGGAGCAGUUGAUGGUGUAAUUAAAGUAUGGGACCUUCGCAAGAAUUAUUCCACCUAUCGGCAGGAUCCAGUACCAUCCAGAUCUUUCAGCUAUCCUGGGAGCAGCACUCGUAAACUUGGUUACUCUAGUCUUGUCUUGAACUCUACUGGUACCAACCUAUUUGCUAACUGCACUGAUGACAAUAUAUACAUGUUCAGUAUGUCCAGUCUGAAGACCGCUCCAGUGUCUGUCUUCAGUGGACAUCAAAACUCCAGUUUCUAUGUCAAAUCAAGCAUCAGCCCAGAUGACCAGUUCUUGAUUAGUGGCUCAAGUGAUCAGAACGCCUACAUCUGGAAGGUGUCUGAGCCUCAGCUUCCUCCUAUGAUGCUCCUUGGUCACUCACAAGAGGUCACCUCUGUUGCCUGGUGCCCUUCUGACUUCACUAAGAUUGCCACAUGUUCAGAUGACAACACUAUCAAAGUCUGGCGCUUGAGACGAGACUCGGAAGAAGAGAACUUGCCAGACAGAAGUAGCUUGUUGGGUUGGACCUGCCAGAAGAAAACGGGAGAACAAAAUGGAACAGGAACUCUAAACUACAAACAGAGGACUCCUGCUAAAGUCCUUCCGAUGCACAGCCCCCCUGUUUCCUCUCCGCAGCCUGCUGCUUGUGCUCCACCUUACACUGGAGAUCUUCCUCUUUCCACCAACACACCGACCUUGUCUUCUGUCAAAUCCCCAGCCACCACCAUGGCAUCUGCAAAGCAGGCAGAAGCCAAUCCAGGCACUUCACCCAAACCAGUACCUCCCUCAAUGUCGAUUAGACAGUGGUUUACCAAGGUUCCAAGUCCUUCUCUCCCUCUGAAGGGAACAAAGACACUUUCUCCACGAAAAGCCUUGGCAGAGAUUUCCCAGAUUCUUCCCGAGGUCGCUUUCACUUCCAAAUCGCCACACUUGAGGCUUGAAAUGCGAGCGAAGAGGAAGCUGGAAUCCAGCAAGGAAGAGAACAUGAAGCAGAAGUUCCCAAGAAGUUGCAACUGUGUGACUGAACUUGACCUGGUGUCUAAAAAAUUCAGUCUGGAUCACUGUGCUUUGGCAGUGGAUUCAAGGCCUUGUGGGGAGGAUUGCCUGGCCCUUAAUGGACUUGAACAGGCCACGCCUAGCCCAAAGGAAUCUUCUCCUGGAAGUCCUUGUUCUCCUGCACUCUCCCCAAAUCUCCCACAUCCUCACCAGAUACCUUGUGGGAAAAUAGCUGACAAGGAGAAUGGUUCUCCUGACAAAAGAAACUGGCUGUCUGCUUUGGGAGACAAGCUACAGACUAACAAGUCUAGUGAGUCCAACAGAUUGAGUAACAGCAUCCAAUCAUUGCGUAAUCCUGGCACAAGACGACAAGAAGCUGGGGCAGGAAUUUCCUCACCAAGGCCUAUCACAACCACUUCUGUGCCCAUGAGGAAGAUUUGCACAUACUUCCAACAAAAAUCGCAGGAAAACUAAAAUUUGGUUUUAUUCUGCUCUCUUAAAUUCUUUUAACAUUACCAGUUUAUUGUAUUAAAUUAGUUAGAAUGGUUAAUGGAGAGGCAUGUUCAGUUAAUGUAAAGGACCCAAUGGAUUUUAAAAGAAUGAGCCAUGUGCUUUGUGAGUGUUUCGAAAUGUGUUUUCUCAGACCCUCUGAGUUUCUUCUUCAGAAACCGUCUUUAAGAAGUUAAAAUCCCACUUGUAAUAGUGAAAUAGUAUUAUCUGAGGGCCUGUUCAUCUAAGCCUUUGUCUCCCAAUGAAAUAAAUUUCUCUGUUUUGUUAUGUGCAGCACGGUGUUCCCCUUGGUUGCAAGAAACAGUGUAAAUGUGACCUUAUUGUUCAUAAAUACAAUGUUUUUACCAUUGCAA